GUUGACAUUGACAGAGGUUAGGGCUUUCAUCACUCCAUCAGUUUAUUGUUGGGAUAUCAGCAGUUUUACCAAAUAAACCCUGAAAUAAUUGAAAUUUUGAUGUUCCUAGGAAUAUCCUAACGAAUUGAUGUCAAGCAUAAUGUUCAAUGAAGAAUUUAAAUCAAAUGGCUGAAUCUUCAUUCUUUAAUUUUCCCACGCUGAAAGAUAGUGAACAGAUAACUUUACCGGAAGACGACAAUUGUUUAGAGAAUGAGGACGAAUAUGAUGCGCUCAAUGAUGAAACCUUUGGGGACCUAGAAUGUGACUCGACUGUCGAUGAUUGGGAGCAGCAGCACGAAAAAUUCGCGGAAUUCGCCAAGAAAUCCUCCAAACAAGAUGAAAUAGUUGACAGUCUUAAGGACCUGGUGCUGAGUUCCUCCCCCCUAAAUCUAACGGGUAACUCUGUGUGGGCAUACACACCUACACCACCACGAAAUGGCGAGACCACAACCGCAAUCCAGAACCUCUUACCGAGGACACUCAAACGUUUGGAAAAUAAGGCAGGGGACGAGGUCGACGCUGCCAAGACCUUCGCCGCCCCCGCCAACCUGACAACCGUGCCCAAGAUAUGCACCGUGGAGGAACUGGAAAAGAACCUCAUCAAGUCGAACAAUGUGCCGAACUGCCCCAGGCCUCCGCCGGGAUACCGGGCCAUGCCGCCCCCUGCCGUUUCCUCUUAUUAUCUACCGACGUAUCCGCGUCCCCCGCCCUCGUUCCAGGGACACCCGCAUCAUCCUCCGUAUCCCAUGGGCCCGAACCGGUACCCCCCUGGGUUCCCGCCAGCGAACAUGCCCCCGCCCAUGAGGCACGUGAUGUAUCCUCCCAGGUUCAGACCCCUGCCGCCUCCCCAUCAUUCGUUCCUGAAGGGCGGCAACAUGCCGCAGAGGCCGCCCCCAGGGCUACCGUUUCCUAAUCAUCUUAAUCACCAGGGACCGGCUCAUCUGCAGAGGGGCGGCAUGCACAUGAUGCCGCCCCACGUGCAGAACAUGCAUCCCAUGCAGCAACAGCAAUAUCACCAUCAUCUGCUGCAACAACAACAACAGUAUCAGCUGCACCAGGGUCAUCAGAUGGAUAGGAGGCAGAUCAACGACCCUUACCGCGACAAAAACGCCGUCAGGGACGAGUACGAGGGACUGAUGACUGCCAGGGAGAAACAGUGGUUGUUGAACAUCCAGAUGCUGCAGCUUAACACCGGAACGCCGUAUUUCGACGAUUAUUAUUACACCAUCUACAAGGAACGCAAGGCGCGUAGUAACAAGGAGAAUCAGCAGCAGCUGUUGCAAAGACACCAGGCGGGACGCCAGCGUAGGAACAGCGACCGACAGGAGAGCCCCCUCACCCCCAAGGUCUACACGCCGUUGCAAUUCGAGAACUCCCUGGGCAAACUGCAGUGCGGCUCUGUGAUGGCCCCCAGGAAGAUAAUCGACAUGGACGUGGUCAGCUGCGACAAGGACUCGGAAAACACCUCCGUCUGCUCCAGGGACAGCAAGAAGAUCAAGCAGCUGCUGUUGGAGCUCGAGGCACUGUACUCGAUGUUCCUGAAGGCCGAAGACCUGACCAAUCCGAUGGCCAUCAGCAACCUGAAGACGCUGAAGGAGAUCAAGCUGAAGCAGCGCAUUAGGGAGCUGGAGAACGCGACCACGCCGGAGCAGAAACGCGAGAUCUUGGAGCUGGUGAAGAAGGAUAGCGAGACCGUCGUCGAGAAUCCGCACGAUUAUAUGCAGAAGAUCGUCAACGGGCUGCUGCAAGAGGACAAGUUUGCCAGUUUCAUGAAUAUUCGGAAAGGAAAGAUGUUACUACUGAGGCUUUUACCAGCAAUACAUUCAGAGCAGUUCUUUCCUCAGAUUGUCGAGAUCUGGGGCAGGCUUCUGUCUAGCAUAGCCAUCAUCGGAAGGAGAGAUACGGCAGGCGAUAAAAUCCUGCCCAAGCUUUAUCCCUUGUUCAAAAGAUAUACCCAGACGGUAAAGAUGGAAAACAUUCUGGACAACAUCCACGGAUUGAUGGAGACUACCAAGUCUGAAAACAACCGAAGUACCCCGUUGGGUCAUCAAUCCAAGACUCCCCUCUAUUUCGUACUGAUGAAUCAGUUCGGUAUAUCGGCCAUGACGGCCUUUUUCGUGCGCAGCGAGCUUUUGAUGUCUACCGAUGAAGUUACCGAUGUUCAACAGGCCACCCUGUUCGGUUUCAUCCAAACGGUGGCCGAUCUUCUGUCGCAAAUCCCCAAGAUACCGACCCCCUUGGAGGGCAUGUCGCAGGUGACGUUAAACAAGCUGUGUCAGCGUAUACCUAACCUCAACCCGGACAAAACGUCGAUACUCAGAAAGCAUUUCGUUGAGUCCAACGAUUGAGUUGAAUCCUUGAAUUAUAAUGACAGGCUUCCUCGGAAACGACCGAACUAACUUCCUGUUGUAAUUUUGACCAAGAUGCCUCCGAUCGUCCAGCCCAGUUUCUCACAUGAUUGUUUAUAAAAAAAGUUUGGUCGUUUCUGGGAAGCCUCGAAGCUCAUCGAGUAAUUUAUUAUAAUUUAUUCAAGAAAUGGAGUAAUGUUGUUGAGAACUAACUGUUUAUUGAUUUAACAAAGUAAUUGUUAUAAUUUUUAGAUAUAGCUGUAUUUGUAUAUUUUUUUAUUAAUUCAAAGUUUCAGAUUCGAAUCGCUGUUAGUGAUGACACAUUUUUUAUCCUGUUUGCAGAUUGAUUGUAACUCGAGAAAUUUUAAGCAUUUGUAUGAUUUUUAACGACAAUUUAAAUGCAAAAUAUUUGUUUUAAAAUUGCAUUGAGCAGUGAAAUUGUGAGAGAUGUAAAUGAAGAAAAAACGUUAUAUUUGAUAAUUAUGGUAAUUGCGAGGUUCGGAAAUGCCUAAUUUUGGAUUUUUUUUUCAAGAUAUCGAAAUAUGUUGAACAGAUAUCUUUGUUCAUAGGAGGUUAUUUCCUAUUUAGACGCUUCUUUCAAUUAGGUAAAUGUCAAACUAAUAUAUUUUAUUCAAUGUUUGACCAUUGCGAAUAAAUUUCAUCCUUAUCAAA